CAAGAUGAGCAAUUGAUCACAUCUCAUCAUUCCAUAUGGCCUUGAUCACUUUACCCAGGUCCCAUUUUUAUUUAUCCAGUCUUCAAACUUGCAGAAUUUUGACGUGUCUGAGAAAAUAUUUGAGCCCUGAUAACAAGAAAGGCAGGAAAAUCAUGUGUCAGGGAUAUUUUUCCCUGCAACAAAAGCAAUUCAGAGUCUACUUUCAGCAUGCAUACUGUAAGAAACAUCACUCAGAAAAAGAGACUAACCCUCACCCAAUUAGACCUGUGCUUUUUCAAACAGCAACAUGGGAAAGGUUCGAACAAAGUGAUGGUCUUGUGGAUGAUCAGAAAUUUUAUAAGAAGCUAAAUAGUUUCACUUCAUCUGAACAGGUGUUAAAAUUUGUAAGUACACUGGAAACCUUGUCAGAUACUAUGGCAGCAGCGGCUUUGUAUCGGGUCUUUGAAGUGGAACAGAAGGAAGGUGGCCCAAAAGUUCCAAAAACUAUCUUGGAGAAUGAAGUCUUCAGAGCAUUAUGCUUUCAAUUUGAAUAUGAAUCCACAAAUCUUUCGGACACUGGUCUGGUGACUGCUUUAAAAGCUUUGACAGGUUUGCAUGUGGAUCCCCAAAGUAAUUUACUAGUAAGUCUGAUGAUGGAGUGUCAAAAUCGACUUCUGCAAGGUCACAUGUCAGUUCACAAUCUUUGUGUUCUUGGAGAAAGUAUGAUUAAACUCCAGAGCCCAAACUGUGCAGUACUAAAAGAGAUAAUACUUCAGCUUCAAAGUCAAAAGUUGCAGGAAUGUGAACCUGAGGAUAUAGUAGCAAUUUAUAUAUUAUUUCAAGCUGCUUUGGGAAAAAUGUUUCAGUACCAGGAUUUUUUGGAUCACUUAAACAACGUCUCUAUUUCAUUAGUUUAUAAAUUCAGUCCUAAGUUCAUAAGCCAAGUACUGAAUGCCUUGGUGGUUCUUAACCAAACUCAAGCUUUUCCUUUAGUUGUAAAGCUUUGUAUACAUUCAGUAAGAUUUGUCCCUCAUUUUACCAGUGAAGAGCUAGGAAAGGUCUUAGAGGGUUUCAUACACUUUGGUUACACUGAUAAAUUUUUCACAGAAGCCUUGGAAAAGCAUGUUUCCACAAGUUGUCUCACUAUGCAUCCUGAAUGUGUCAGCCAAGUCAUGCAGUACUGCAGUAAAAAUUUGAUUCUUUCAAAACCUAUCUUUGAUGCAGUGGCAGAAAGUUUUGUUUGCCAAGCUGAAAUAUUCUCCCCUGUCCAGAUUUCUCAGUUGAUUGUACCAUUUGGGAAACUCAAUUACCAGCCACCAAAUGCUCCACUUUUUUUUAGGAAGCUUGAAAAUACAAUAAGAACUCGUUUUACUUAUUUUCCUCCUCAAGUCCUGUUGAAUCUUCUCCAUUCUUGCACCCUCAUUGGACGCCACCCAGUCAAUCAUGUGGCAAAGUUAUUUAGCCCAUAUUUUCUUCAGAAAUUACAAGCUCAAAAAUCAGGUUUAAAUAGAUCAAUUCUAGCCCAGCUGACCCAGCUUUAUUUAGCAAUGGUUUUGGAGUGUCCCUUCUAUAAGGGUCCUAAACUGCUCCCACAGUAUCAAGUGAAAUCAUUUCUCAUUCCCCAUAAUCUCCUGGAGACCCCUAUGGAUCUUCUACUUUAUAAAACUAUUAGAUUUGGACUAAUUGAUCUUUUAGGAGCAAGAAUAUAUUUUGGUUCAAGAGUCUCAACUUCCUGUUGUUACACAGUAGAUAUUGAGAUUAAACUAGAUGAAGGAGGAUUUGUAUUACCAUUUACAAGCUAUGAAGAUGCAUUUAAAAGAUUAGCACUUUGCAUUGAUGAUCCAAAGAGAUUUUGUUUGAAUAGCCACAAUUUAUUAGGAAAAGAAGUUAUUAAACAAAGACAUCUACGAUUACUUGGUUAUGAAGUUAUACAGAUUCCAUAUCAUGAAGUUGACACUCUCCAGUCAAGAUCCAAACUAGUGAAUUAUUUAAAGAAAAAAUUAUUCCCUCAAAGCUAUGAAUUGUAAAAAUGGCAAGAUUGGAAUAUUGACUUUGUACUUGAAGUUGAAAAUGAGUUUGUCUGCUAGUUAACUGGUAUGAACAAAAACCACCAAUAAUUUGAACAAAAACUGUGAGCCAGUUUGUUCAAGUUUUAUAUUUAUCAACAGUUCAGUAGCUCCUAAGGGUUCAGAACUUUUCUUUGUUGCCACAAUGUGACUUGAUAAUCAAUUUAGAAUAUUUUUUGUAAUGUAGCAGGGAGAUCAUGGGUGUUCAU